UCAGUAACGGACAAACGUUUGCCAGGUGAACAACGAAGCCGACGCAAGGCGAACGAAGAGCGAACGAAUUCGAGUCGUGUUUAUUGUCUGUGUAUUUGUUGUCGUGUUUUUGUUGCUGUUGUUGUUUUGGCAGUGGCAGUGGCAGUGCUCGUGCUUUGGCGCUCAGCCCACGCGCGUAUGUGUGUCGUAUAAAUUUUGUUGGUAUUUUUUUUUUGUUUUGGUUUCGCUAUUGGUGUAGCAACAUUUUGCGGCCAGCAGCAGCAGCCGCAGCAGCCUCCGCAACAUGCAGUGGUGAAAUUGGCCGAGACCAAAUAACGAAACGAAGCGAAGCUGAAGCAGCAGCAGCAGCAGCAGCAGCAGAAACUCAACACGAGCAACAAAUCAUUUGGCUUGCUGUCGUCUGUUUGUCGCCUCGCCUGCAGGAUACGCGACGAGGACGUGAACAAAACAGAACAACGCUGGCCGUUGACCGAGUUGCAUCGCAAUCGCAUCGGUCUCUUCCCUCAGCAGAGGAGCGCUACUAAAGCCAUAGCUGAACAAGUGCCAGAAAGAGAUACAGAUAGUGAGAGAGAAAGAGAGAGAGAGAGAGAGAGAGAGAGGGAGUGUGUUUGUGUAGUAGUGAGUGGGAAUCAAGCAGCAGACAGUGGCAAGAGAAACCGAAAUUGAAAUCGGAAAUCGUAAAUCGGAGCGGCAGCUGUUGCAUGCGGCCGCCGUGCCAGACUCAGUGACGCCGCCGCUCAGCGUCCGCGUGCCGCGUGCUGCGUGUCUUUGCGUGUUUUUGUUGUUUUUUUGUUUUGUGCUUACACCGUUCGCCCAUUGAUCCUCGCGAGUGACAGAGACACAUACACUGCAAGAAGAUUACAGCCACAAAGAGUGUGAAACAGCCAAAGAAGAGUGAACGAGUGAGCAAGAGAGCUAAAGAGAAAGAUAUAUAAAGUGAGCAAAGGUGAGAGGGAGAAUUGGAAUCUGCAUUUCGCUUAGCUAAAGACCCUAAGAUGAUGUUGCUGCUGCAAUUGGCCGCGCUGCUCGCCUGCCUGGCCCAUGCCGCCGCCGGCGUCAGCAUCAACGCCAACGAUCCAUGCUACUUCGAGGGCAAGCCGCGCAAGUGCCUGCCGAGCUUUGUGAACGCCGCCUACGGCAAUCCGGUGCAGGCGUCCAGCGUCUGUGGAGCCCAGCAGCCGGAGCGCUUCUGUGAGCUGCAGCGCGAUGGCAGCGCAGGCGAGUGCCGCGUAUGCGACAAGUCGGAGCAUCGCUACGGUCCCGCCGCCCUGACAGACCUCAACAAUCCGAGCAACGUGACCUGCUGGCGUUCGGGCAGCGUCAAUGUGCCCCACGAUCCGGACACUGCGCCGCCGGACAAUGUCACCCUGACCCUGUCGCUGGGCAAGAAAUACGAGCUCACCUACAUUUCGCUUUCGUUCUGCCCCAAAUCACCGCGCCCCGAUUCCUUGGCCAUCUACAAGAGCUCCGACUUUGGCCAGACCUGGCAGCCCUUCCAGUUCUACAGCUCGCAGUGCCAGAAGUUUUACGGCCGGGCGGAUCGUGCCAAGAUCAGCAAGUUCAAUGAGCAGGAGGCGCGCUGCAUGAACUCGCAACACGAUGCAGCCAGCGGUGGCGCCGCACAGCGUUUCGCCUUCAACACCCUGGAGGGCCGUCCGUCGGCCAACGAUUUGGACUCGUCGCUGGUGCUACAGGAUUGGGUAACGGCUACGGAUAUCCGUGUGGUCUUCCAUCGCCUGGAGCUGCCGCCGCAGUUGCUGCUAAGCCGCGAACGGGCCAAGGGCAAUGCGAAUAGCUUCAGUGACGAGAUGACCGCCAGCCAGGAGGAGGAGCUGGAUGGCCAUGAGCUGGAUGAGCAGGAUGAGUACGAUUACAAUCUGCAUGACAACGACAGUGCCGGCUACGAUCAGGAGGAGUACGAAGAGCCCAAAAAGCAUCUCGAGCUCGACGACGAACUGCAUCUGGACUAUGCCAACGAUGGCGAGAGCAAGCGCCAGUCCAAGCACAAGAGCAGCCUCUACGAGAAGCACUUCCAGGGCAAAUUGACUGUCAGCACUCCGAUGCCAUUGCCCCCAGCACCGGCCAAGACCACGCCUCCAGCUAAAUCAUCAACAUCCACACAGUCGGGCACAUCGGAUGCCGCUGCCGCCGCCGCAGGAGUCGCUGGUGCCGCUGCCGUUGCCAUGCAACAGAUGCUGUCUGUGUCGCAGCAUUACGCCGUCUCCGAUUUCGCAGUGGGCGGUCGCUGCAAGUGCAAUGGCCACGCCUCUGAAUGCAUUGCCACCAGCACUGGGUCGAGCAGCGCCCUGCAUGCCGACGCUGACGAUGGCCAGGACGACGACAAUAUUCCCACGUCCCUGCACAGCCACUUCGGACGCACUCCGUCCGGCCUGCAGCUGAGCGCCAAGCUGGCCAUGACCUGCGCCUGCAAGCACAACACCGCCGGACCCGAGUGCGAGCGCUGCAAACCCUUCUACUUCGAUCGGCCCUGGGGACGGGC